GGCUGGCGGCGGCGUUUCCUGGUGACAGCCGGGCGCCGGGCUAUGGGCAGCCAGGAGGUGCUGGGCCAGGCGGCCCGGCUGGCCUCCUCGGGUCUCCUCCUGCAGGUGUUGUUUCGAUUGAUCACCUUUGCCUUGAAUGCAUUUAUUCUUCGCUUUCUGUCCAAGGAAAUCGUUGGCAUAGUGAACGUAAGGCUAACGCUGCUUUACUCGACCACCAUCUUCCUGGCCAGAGAGGCCUUCCGGAGAGCGUGUCUGAGUGGGAGCACCCAGCGAGACUGGGGCCAGACCAUCAACCUCCUGUGGCUGACAGUCCCUCUGGGUGUGUUUUGGUCCUUGUUCCUGGGCUGGGUCUGGUUACGGUUGCUUGAAGUGCCUGAUCCUAACGUCGUCCCCCACUAUGGAACUGGAGUGGUGUUGUUUGGUCUCUCGGCUGUGGUGGAACUUCUGGGAGAGCCCUUCUGGGUCUUGGCACAAGCACACAUGUUUGUCAAGCUCAAGGUGAUUGCUGAGAGCCUGUCGGUAAUCCUCAAGAGUGUACUGACAGCUUUUCUCGUGCUGUGGGUGCCUCACUGGGGACUGUACAUCUUCUCUUUGGCCCAGGUUUUCUAUACUACAGUUCUGGUGCUCUGCUAUGUUACUUAUUUCAAAAAGUUACUGGGUUUCCCAAAAUCAACCAAGCAACAAACUCUUCCUGUCUCCAGAAUGACAGAUCUGCUACCCAGUAUUCUGAGAAGUAGAGCUUUUGUAAAUUGGACAGAGGCUAAAUUGACUUGGAGUUUUUUCAAACAGUCUUUCUUGAAACAGAUUUUGACAGAAGGGGAGCGAUAUGUGAUGACAUUUUUGAAUGUGUUAAAUUUUGGCGAUCAGGGUGUAUAUGAUAUAGUGAAUAAUCUUGGCUCCCUUGUGGCCAGAUUAAUUUUCCAGCCAAUAGAGGAGAGUUUUUAUGUAUUCUUUGCGAAGGUGCUGGAGAGAGAAAAGGAUGCCACACUUCAGAAGCAGGAGGAUGUUGCUGUGGCCGCCACGGUUUUGGAGUCCCUGCUCAAGCUGGCCCUGCUGACCGGCCUGACCAUCACCGUUUUUGGCUUUGCCUACUCUCAGCUGGCCUUGGAUAUCUAUGGAGGGGCCAUGCUUAGCUCAGGAUCAGGUCCUGUUUUGCUGCGAACUUACUCUCUCUACGUUCUCUUGCUUGCCAUCAAUGGAGUAACCGAGUGUUUCACAUUUGCUGCCAUGAGCAAAGAACAGGUCGACAGGUACAACCUCACAAUGCUGGCCCUGUCAUCUUCAUUCCUGGUGCUGUCCUACCUCCUGACCCGUUGGUGUGGCAGUGUGGGCUUCAUCUUGGCCAACUGCUUUAACAUGGGCAUUCGGAUCACACAGAGCCUUUGGUUCAUACACCGCUACUACCGUGAGAGCCCCCACAGGCCCCUGGCGGGCCUGCAGCUGUCGCCGGUCCUCCUGGGAGCGUUUGCCCUCAGUGGUGGGAUUACUGGUGUGUCAGAGGCGUUCCUCUGCUGUGAGCAGGGCUGGCUGGCCCGGCUGGCGCACGUGGCGGUGGGGGCCUUCUGUCUGGGAGCGACUCUCGGGACAGCGUUCCUCACCGAGACCAAGCUGAUCCACUUUCUUAGGACUCAGUUAGGUGCAUCCAGACUUGCUGACAAAAUGAGGUGACCUGAGGGAUUCACUGACACCUGUGCACCUGAGCCAGCUGUGGGCAGAGCACGUUUCCUGGGCAGAAGGGCCCUGCAAAGAGGCCUGCAGGGUGAGGCCCACCCAGGCCCGUGAGGUGUUGGAGAGAACCGCCCAACCAACAUGGACUGUCCAUCCGAAGUCUUCCUCAGGAAGCAGGAGUUCCAUGUUUACGGGAAGGCCAAAAGCUCUUUUAAAAUAAAUACAAUUAUUUUUUCCACCA